UUGGACCGGUUCUCCAAAAGUUACCCAAGUUGACCUUCUGAAUGGAGGACUUCCACAUCUGUCCAGUGAACAGCUACUACAAGAGGAUCCUUCUGCCCGUCUCCUACAGCCUGGUGUUCGUGCUGGGUCUGACUCUGAACGGCGCCCUGCUGUGGUGCGUGUGUUGCCGGACGCGCUGCUGGAGUAGCACGGUCAUCUACAUGACCAACCUGGCGGUGGCGGACCUCCUCUACGUGCUCUCCUUGCCCCCGCUCAUCAUCAGCAACGCCCGUGGGGACCUGUGGCCCUUCGGCGACGUCAUCUGCAAGUCGGUGCGCUUCUUCUUUCUGGUCAACCUUCACUGCAGCAUGAUGUUCCUCGCCUGCGUCAGCGUGCACCGGUUCCUCGGCGUGUGCUUCCCCAUUGCCGCCGUGCGUCUCAGGACCAGGCGGCUCGCCCUCUUCGCGUCGGGCGCGGUUUGGGUCCUGGCCACGGCGGAGAUCUUGCCCACGCUGGUCUUUGCGCACACGGGUGUGAUCAACAACAUGACCGUGUGCUUUGAAAUGACCAACCCGAAAAACUUUGGCGUGUACUUCCCCUAUGGGAUGUUCUUAGCCAUAGUGGGGUUUCUCGUCCCGUUCAUCGUCGUCGUCACCUGUUACUGCUCCAUGAUGAAGGUGCUUUACAGCAGGGCCGCUGGCACCAUCUCCAACACCAGGACGGCUCUCAUGCGCAACAAGUCCCUGUGCACCGUCCUGCUCGUGCUGCUCGUGUAUGUGUUGUGCUUUGUGCCAUACCACGUUGCGCGCACCGUGUACCUGUUCGUGAGGGUGUACAUGCCCGCGGACUGCCAGCUGCUGGACGUGGUCAUGAUCUCCUAUAAGGUCUGGAAACCGGUGGUCAGCUUCAACUGCUGCGCAAACCCCCUCCUCUACUUCUGGGGCUCGUACCGGCGCCGGCAGAAGCUGCGGGCCUGGCUGUGCCGGAGGACAACGAGGGUGCAGCCCGGGGUGUGCGUGGUAGAUGUGGGCAGCAGAAACAGGUCCGGAGGGUAGACAGCAUCCAUCACAGGAACUCAGGCCAAACAGUGACUUUUAACAUAAGAAGUGGACAUUGAUAUAAAUAAUAAUAACAAGGACACUGCCAACACCGUCUAAGCUGUGUUUAAUAACUCAAUUUAUUGUGUUAAGUAUACAAAUAUGUAUCAGGAAACAUUCAACAGGUGACAGAAGUCCCGGACUUGUGAGGCAUCUUUUUUUGUACACUUUAAUCUAUUCUACUAAAUAAAUGUAUCCUUUUAAAACCUGGAAGAACAGCACACCUAGGGACAUAUCAGUAAAUGCUGAGAUUGCUAAACGUUGUUAUUUAUAAGCAGGGAUACAGUAGCCAGGAGUGAUAUUAAAGCAUUUGUGGGAAUUACUGCCCUCUGUCGUUUGAAGAGUCUCUAAAACAGACCCUAAAAACCAGCAACCAUGGAACUAUAAAGCAGCAUCAUUUUAUGACAAUUUCCUUGGCUCAAAAAACAGAGUGAAAUAGACUCCAGAUUGGAAUAAUGUAUGUGGAGAUGAUAAUUAAAGGAAAAAACCCAACAUCAAAAAGGACAUUUUGUAGGCCUCCUCUUUUUUCAGUGCAGAGCUACAGUGCAGGGGGAGCAGGCAGAUGACUGAAGGGCAUCAUUUCAGAACACUCCUGUGGGCCAGUGAAGACAGAUGGAUAGAGCGGGUUUCUGGGAGCUGCGAGGCAAAGGACAAAAUACAAGUUUGACUAAAGAGGAAAGGAGACCUCAGUUUUAGAGUCACUCGUGUUUAAUUUGUGGUGCUGCAGCAGAACCAGUCCUCCGUGUCUGCUUAGAUAAAAAAAACAAAUGUAUUGCCACUGUCAAGAUUAGGGGCUGAGGUACAUAAUAAAUGGAUUUGUGUUUGAA